AUGUCCAAUCAAAAUGACGACUCACUAAUCCAUUCGGAUGACCCAAGACAUCCAGCGAAUUUAAUUUGUACUCUAUGUGAACAAUUCUUCCACAAUAACUGGUGUACAGGAACUGGUGGAGGCAUAUCAAUGAAGCAUCCCACUACAAAUCAUUAUUAUUUAGCACCUUCAGGUGUUCAAAAGGAACAAAUGAAACCAGAAGAUAUAUUUGUUAUGGAUUCUCAAACCUUAGAAUAUUUACGAGUUCCACCAAAAUAUAAACCAAGUGCUUGCACUCCAUUAUUCCUUGCAUGUUACAAGAAAAGAAAUGCUGGUGGAAUCAUCCAUACUCAUUCUCAAAAUGCUGAUGUUUGUUCAUUGAUUUUUAAAGAUCAAUUGAAAAUUGCUAAUAUUGAACAGAUCAAAGCAAUUCCUAGUGGUAACAUUGAUCCAACAACUGGUAAAGAUAUAUCGUUAUCAUUUUUUGAUACAUUAAGUAUCCCAAUCAUCGAGAAUGUGGCCCACGAGGAAGACUUGAUUGAUAGUUUAAAUGACGUGUUGGAUAAAAAUCCUCACACUUGCGCUGUCAUCGUAAGAAGACAUGGAAUUUUUGUCUGGGGCCCAACAAUCGAUAAAGCAAAAAUCUAUAACGAAGCAAUUGAUUAUUUAAUGGAGCUGGCUAUCAAGAUGUAUCAAUUAGGUAUUCCCACCACUUGUGGCAUUGGAGAAGAAAAGAAUUAUUUAAAAUAA